AUGAAGUUCGGAAAGCAGUUCAAGCAACAAAAGGUGCCAGAAUGGACUGAUGCUUAUAUGGAAUAUAAUGGUCUUAAAAGAAUAUUGGGAGAGAUCUUGCAGUACAAGCAAAGCAGGCAACCCUCCACACCUUUGAGGGCCGUACAUCACAAAUUAACUCUGCAUAGACCCUUCAGUGGACUAAACCCACAAUCUACCAACCUCCCCAGUAAAGGGGAUAUUGAGGACCAAGUGAUAGAAGUUAACACCUCGCCCCAAGAUGCUAGAAAGUUUUAUAAGACUGAGUUCCUGAGGGAGUCUGAAGAAGGAGGCGAGCUAGAGGCUAAGUUCUUUAAGAAACUUGAUGAAGAACUUAACAAGGUUAACACAUUUUACAAGGAUAAGUUGGAGGAGAUGAAGCAUGAGGCACACUUGCUGAAUAAACAAAUGGAUGCCUUGAUUGCCUUGCGGAUCAAGAUGGAAAACCCUGAUUUUGAUGGCUCUGAUGCGAAGAAAACUUGUGAUACUGGUGUUGUUACCACAAACCCCUUGAAGAGAUGUAGUCCAAGCAGAGAUACAACUUCAGGAAGAGGGCACAUGGAAUUGACCAUUGAGGUGGAUAGAAGAACUGAUUAUGAGCAAGAAGAGUCUACUCAUGGUCCAGAAUUACACGAAGUUCAUGCCACAAAUUAUGGUAAUGCUCACCAAGAGAAGGACAACCUCACUGACUACAACGAAGAUCCUAUGAAAGUACUUGAGCGCGUGAAGAUUAAUAAUUCUCUUAAAUCUCCACUAUCAACCAUAAAAGGUGUCUUUAAGGAUUCAAAAGAAGAGGAGCUGAGCUUCAAGAAAGAGGAAGUGAAGAAAGUUGAAGAGCGACUGAGAGUUGUGCUAAUCGAAUUCUACCAGAAACUUCUUCUUCUAAAGCACUACAGUUACAUGAACCUUGCAGCAUUUUCAAAGAUCAUGAAAAAGUACGAGAAGAUCUCAUCAAGAAGAGCUUCCAGAUCAUACAUGAAAAUAGUGGACAACUCCUGCCUUGGCAACUCUGAUGAGGUGAACAGUCUCCUUGAAAGGGCGGAGGCUACCUUCAUCAAGCAUUUUGCAAAAUCAAAUCGGAGGGAAGGUAUGAAGUCUUUGAGACCAAAAGCAAAAAGAGAAAAGCACAGUGUAACAUUCUUUUCAGGAUUUUUUUCUGGCUGCUCAAUUGCACUUUUGAUUGCUGUUGUUUUGAGAAUACAAUCUCGAAAGCUUUUGGAUAAGGCUGAAGGUGCCUCAUACAUGGUCAACAUUUUCCCACUUUACAGCUUAUUUGCAUUUACAGUCCUGCAUAUACUUAUGUAUGCGGCAAACAUAUACUUCUGGCGGCGGUAUCGUAUCAAUUACCCGUUUAUAUUUGGUUUCAAGCAAGGAACUGAGCUGGGUCAUCGAGAUGUUUUCCUCUUGGGCACUGGUCUUUCAGUACUUGCACUAUCCAGCUUCCUGGCAAAUAUAUACUUGGAUUUGGGUUCUAAAGCUUCAAAUUUCAAAACAAUCACUGAACUUGUUCCUUUGUGCUUGGUCACUGUUGUUCUUGUCAUCCUGUUCUGCCCUUUCAACGUCAUAUAUCGUUCAAGUCGUUUCUUCUUUGUUCGAUGUUUGUUACACUGUAUUUGUGCGCCAUUUUACAAGGUGAGACUUGCAGAUUUCUUCUUGGCAGACCACCUCACCAGCCAGGUCCAAGCAAUAAGGAGUAUCGAGUUGUACAUUUGCUACUAUGGUUUGGGAGAAUACUCCAGGAGGCAAAACAAAUGUCAUAGUCAUGGUGCAUAUAAUGCUUUCUAUUUUGUUGUUGCUGUAGUGCCCUUCUGGCUCCGCUUUUUGCAGUGUCUGCGUCGAUUGUGUGAAGAGAAAGAUGCAGUGCACGGAUAUAAUGGUUUAAAAUACUUCUUGACGAUUAUUGCAGUUCUAAUUAGAACCGCUUAUGAACUAAAGAAGGGAAGGACAUGGAUGGUAUUGGCAUUGAUCAGCUCAGCUGUUGCAGUUAUUGUGAAUACAUACUGGGAUAUUGCAUUAGAUUGGGGGCUUUUGAGAAGAAAAUCGGAGAACCCUUUUUUGAGAGACAAACUUGUGAUUUCACAUAAAAGUGUCUACUUUACAGCUAUGGUAUUGAAUGUAGUCCUGAGGCUUGCUUGGAUGCAAUUGGUAUUAGAAUUUAAUCUGCCAAGUCUUCACAAAAUGGCGGUAUUAACUACAAUUUCUUGCCUAGAGAUCAUUCGCCGAGGUAUUUGGAGCUUCUUCAGGUUGGAGAAUGAGCACUUGAACAAUGUUGGCAAGUAUCGAGCAUUCAAGUCGGUCCCUCUUCCUUUCACUUACUAUGAUACUGAUGCUGACAAGGAUGACUAG